GCACCCACACACCAGACCUGACCUCACACGCCCCCAUAAACAGUUCGACCCGGCGUCUCCUCUGGCUAAGGAAGGGCGCCUCUGCAAGAGAUUGUUGAUAAAUCUACAGUUCUCAGAUUAGUUAACUGAGCCAAGCAGCUGCUGUGGUUUCAGAUUUAGAUGGAUCUAAAUUUAGUGCAUUUUCUCAAAGUGCAGAUGUUUUGUCUUGACAGGUAAAACAAACUAAUACCAAGAUAUUCUGCUCACAGUUUGUGGUUCUACACAAAUCAGAAAACCCAAGAUAAAAAAAAAAAAAAAGAAAAUACUUUCAUGUCUGGAGCAACUUACAGUAAUAUCUUUGAAUUCACAGAUCCUUUGCUUAUGUACAGGUAUUAUCCUUAUUAAAUGCAUUUUGGCAGUUCUGUGCAGCAGACAUUCAGCCUAGGAUUAGACCUGGCAGCUUUUCCAGACAAGAUGACGGGAGACGGAAACACCUGAACCUCUACUGACAUAACACAUUACUCAUAGCUGGUUUCCAUGGUGGCCAUCUCAUUCUCACCUUUUAUGGCUAAAGAAAUACAAAAACACACGUUUGCAAGCCUAAUUUUAAAGUUGCCGGAUGUAACAACUUGUAAAUAUAAAACAUGAAAAUAAUUUCCUGAAAAACAUAUUUAUUUUCAGGACAUUACAAAAUGUCCAACAUUUCAAAAGCAUCUUUAAUUUCAUUAUAUUACACAUAAAAUACCACAGGACCUUUGCAGCGUGACUCUGGGUUCAAACCAGUUUAAUCUUCCUUUGCAUCCACCAUAAUCAACUGCAGCCUGGCAAAAAUUACAUAAAGCCUGCAUGCUCCUGAACGUGAAGGCUCAUCAGCUUACAGGCAGGGAUUUCUAUAACUGGAUUAAUGCUAGAUUUAAAAUCUACAUUUAGGCUGAAGAAGUGAGAAUAAUCAGACAGCCCAUCUGUGGCUCCGGUAUAAAAGGCUCACAGGCUUCUCGGCACAGCAAAAACACGGCAACACAUCUCUGAACUGCAAUCUUCCUGUGGAUCUCCUCUGCACCUCAGGUAAGGAAAUGAUGCCUUCGGGGACCAAUGAGAGGUUUAUAGAAACUCCCAUUGCUAGAGAAACUGAUUUGUCCUACUCUUAAGCCAUAUGCGGAGAUUUCAAAAAGCGAACGACAACCAGGUUUCUUUCUUGGCUUGACUUAGAAUGGACUUCCAGCUCUUUGGGUUGGUGAUGCUUCUCCUGGCCUGUGUGGAGCAGAGCCUGGGCUCUUGUGUGGUGGACAGAUUCACAGUUAAACCAGACUUUGAGCCCCAAAGGUAUGCAGGUAAAUGGUACGCCCUGCAGAAGAAGGACCCUGAGGGUUUGUUCCUGCAGGACAACAUCUCUGCUGAGUACACUGUUGCGGACGACGGUGCCAUGGUGGCCUCCUCCAGAGGCAGAGUCACUCUCUUUGGGUUCUGGGUUGUCUGUGCAGACAUGGCUGCUCAGUACUCAGUACCUGACCCCAACACACCAGGCAAGAUGUUCAUGAACUACCAAGGGUUGGCCAGCUACCUGUCCAGCGGCGGUGACAACUACUGGGUCAUUGACACGGACUACGACAACUACGCCAUCACAUAUGCCUGCCGCACCCUUAAGGAGGACGGAAGCUGCGAGGACGGCUACGCGCUGGUCUUCUCCCGCAACCCUCGCGGCCUUCCCCCAGCCAUCCAGAGAGUCGUCCGGCAGAAGCAGGAGGAAAUCUGCAUGGCCGGACAGUUCCAGCCCGUGCUGCAGUCGGGGGCAUGUUAAAACAGCUUCCAGGCCGAUGGCGGACGAGCGACUGCACUUUGUCAAUCUGGACCGACUAAAAUGCCCAGGAUGAAGACGCA